AUGCACCAUGCGAUGCGGUUGCGCUGCCUCCUCCAGCACCCGCCGCUCUGGUGCAAGUGCAGCUCUCUAGGAAUCUCCACGAGUGGCGGCGGUUGCCUCGUCCGGAGGUUCAGCGCAGUCGGGGCGCCGAGGCCGUGCGAUGCGGGGCGGCGGCUGUGCCGGUUCUACGGUUCCAAGGGCGGCGUAGGCAGCGCGGAGGCGAGGGGCGCCGGGGCAGCGGAGGCGGCGGCAGGGAGCAGCGGACGGUGCAGCGAGCAGGAGCACGCGCGCCUCGGCGAGAGGGACCAGCAGGAGUGGCUGAGCGGCGAGAGAUUCCUCAGCGACUGCAGGAAGCGUGAGUCGCCGUUCCUCACCAGGCGGGAGAGAUUCCGCAUCGAGUUCCGGCGCCGCGUUGUACCGUGGGAGAAGGGAAACCUCACAUGGCAGAAUUUCCCCUACUACGUCAAUGAGAAUGCAAGGCAGCUGCUGCGAGAGUGCACGGCAUCCCACUUGCGGCACAAGGGCAUCACGUCAGAGUAUGGCUCUCGGCUACCAUCUUCUGGAGGGAGGAUAUUGCUCCAGAGCUUGCCAGGAACCGAACUCUACAGAGAGAGAUUGGUAAGAGCUCUUGCACAUGAGUUGCGGGUGCCACUACUAGUCCUGGACAGCAGUGUUCUAGCUCCAUAUGAUUUUGGGGAAGAUUCUUCAGAAAGCGAGGAAGAAGAUGAGCAUGGUGAGUCAGAAGAUGAAGGUUCAGAGUCUGAGAUGGAAGAUGAAGGUGAUGAAGAUUGGACAAGCAGCAACGAAGCUAAAUCAGGUGAAAGUGAUGAUGAGGAUGCUCUAAAAUCUGUGGGAGAACUCAAAAAGUCCGUGGAUGACCUCAAGAAGCUGGUCCCAUGUACUAUUGAGGAAUUUGCCAAGAGAGUAGUUGGUGAAGAAGAAGGUACAUCAUCAGAAUCCCCUGAAACAGCCAAGUCGUCAGAGGAAGAUAAAAGGCCUUUCCAAAGGGGAGAUAAAGUCAAGUAUGUUGGUUCCUCAGCAGUUAUCGAAGCAGAUCAGAGGAUCAUUUUGGGGAAAUUACCUACUCAAGAUGGCUCGAGAAAUGCGUAUACUUUUAUUAGUGGCAGGACUCUGUCAAAUGGGCAGCGGGGAGAAGUAUACGAGAUCAAUGGGGAUCAAGUAGCUGUCAUAUUUGACCCUCCUGCAGAGAAGCUGCAUGAUGGUGACGAAAAUAGCAAGGAGGAAAAUGCAAAACCAUCUAUUUACUGGGUUGAUGCUCAAGAUAUUGCGCAUGACCAUGAUAUUGAAUCAGAAGAUUGGCAUAUCGCAAUUGAAGCACUUUGCGAGGUUCUUCCAUCUCUAGAGCCAGUCAUUGUCUACUUUCCAGACAGUUCCCAGUGGUUAUCUAGAGCAGUUCCAAAAUCAAAUCGAAGUGAGUUUAUCCAAAAGGUAGACAAAAUGUUUGACCAACUCACCGGACCAGUAGUAAUGAUAUGUGGGCAGAACAUGCUGGCAGCAGUAUCCAAGGACAAGGAUAAGGAACCUCCGAAACUGAUGUUUCAGAAUCUCACAAGCCUGUCUUCACUGUUGCUGAUCCCAUCGUCCCUGAAGCGUUGGCUAAAAGUACAAAACGAUUCAAGACCCAGUGAUAUAGCAAAGAUCUUCACAAACAGUUUCGUUGUUCCCCUUCCAGAGGAAGGUGAGCAACUAAGAGUUUUCAAUAACCAGAUUGAAGAGGAUAGGAAAAUUAUUAUUUCAAGGCAUAACCUCGUUGAAUUACACAAGGUUCUUGAAGAGAAUGAACUAUCAUGCGUGGAGCUUAUGCAUGUGAAGUCUGAUGGUGUCGUUUUGACAAAGCAAAAAGCGGCGAAAGUUAUUGGAUGGGCUAGAAGUCAUUAUCUGUCAUCAACAGUUCUUCCCUCUAUUGAGGGUGAGAGAUUAACCAUUCCACGUGAGAGUCUUGAUUUAGCCAUCGAGAGGCUGAAGGAGCAGGUUACUAAAUCUAAGAAUCUUUCUCAAAAUCUCAAGAAUUUGGCAAAAGAUGAGUACGAACGCGAUUUCAUAUCUUCUGUUGUACCUCCUGAUGAAAUUGGAGUGAAAUUCGAUGAUAUUGGCGCGCUUGAGGAUGUCAAGAGGACACUGGAUGAGCUCGUUGCUCUUCCAAUGAGGAGACCAGAGCUUUUUUCUCACGGCAAUUUAUUAAGGCCCUGCAAAGGUGUUUUGCUUUUUGGUCCUCCUGGCACAGGAAAAACACUCUUGGCAAAGGCACUCGCGACUGAAGCUGGGGCAAAUUUUAUCAGCAUAACCGGUUCUACAUUGACAUCAAAGUGGUUUGGAGAUGCUGAGAAGUUGACGAAGGCACUUUUCUCUUUUGCUAGCCGACUAGCUCCUGUCAUCAUAUUUGUAGACGAGGUUGACAGCUUACUUGGCGCCAGAGGGGGUGCACUUGAGCAUGAAGCAACAAGGAAGAUGCGGAAUGAAUUUAUGGCAGCUUGGGAUGGUCUAAGGUCCAAAGAGAACCAACGGAUCCUUAUUCUUGGUGCUACGAAUCGUCCAUUUGAUUUAGACGAUGCUGUUAUACGGCGUUUACCUAGACGGAUAUAUGUUGGCCUUCCAGAUGCGGAAAACCGAAAGAAAAUUCUCAAGAUUUUACUGGCUAAAGAAAACUUAGAAUCUGAUUUUAAAUUCGAUGAACUUGCUAAUGUGACAGAAGGUUAUUCAGGAAGUGAUCUGAAGAACCUAUGCAUAGCUUCAGCAUACAGGCCAGUUCAGGAACUUCUAGAAGAAGAAAAGAAGGGACGUGUGAGUAGCAACAGCACUCACUUAAGACCCCUUGUAUUGGAUGAUUUUAUACAGGCAAAAGCCAAGGUAAGCCCGUCUAUAUCUCAUAACGCAACAAGUAUGAACGAAUUAAGAAAAUGGAACGAACAGUAUGGUGAAGAUGGCAGCAGGACAAAAUCGCCGUUUGGGUUUGGCAACUGA